AUCCACUAAAUAAAUUCCCGUCAUCAUAAUCGCAGACCCAAGCAAACGAUCCCUAACAUGACAAAGUCGGUUAUUGAUAGGAACAGGAGUGUCAGUUUAUAAGCUCCCUCCCGCAGUACGGAUUCAUCAAUCCAAAUGUUUGGAAUUUCGUCAUAACAAAACUCAACAGUUGUACUCCCGGGAAAUUAAGCAAUGGGUAGGAGGAAAUCUAAGCCAAAUCGUUCAGUAGGAAUUUUGGAAGGAGAAGUUCCUAAGGGGAAAUUAAACAGCAAAACUGAUGCUGGAACUGCGGAAAAGGAUGAGUCUUUUGUAGUUGAUGUGCCAUUUUUUGUUGAAAUUGAUCGGUCUAAUUGGUUAUCGGAUGAACAUAUGGAUAUUUCUGAAAUUGUUUUGUCAGACUUGAAUGUUAGUGACGAGUUUUGUCGUUAUAUAUUGGAUGAGGAGUUCUACCGGGAUUCAAGGUAUUUAUUGAGGUUUAGGGUGAGUAAUGUUAAUGAGUAUCUUACUAGGAUAAAGUUAGGUCACUGGCCUGUAUUAUCUGCUAGUAGUAUGUGUCUGGAAAUUGUAGCUAAACAGGAGAAGGAGGGUUUGGAGGAAACUGUUGUGUUGGUGGUGGGGAAUUUUGAUGGACCUGAUGAGGGUAUAUCGGGGCUAGUCCAUUUGGCUAGUUUGAAGUUCUUGACAUUGAGGCCUGUUAUUACGGGGCAUAUUGUUCCAAGUUGUUUAUCAUCAAUACGGGUGAGGGUGGAGAUUUUAAAAAGCGCAUUUGAUGCGUGUGAGUCACUUCUUGAUACAUCCAGACAGCUAUGGAAAAAGAGCAUGAUGCAUGUGAUGGCUUGGCUACGUCCAGAGGUUGUGACUUCAGAAGCUAGAUAUGGAUACGAGGUGGCAGCACAUGCAGAUAUUGGUCUAGCUUCAGGGCCGGAUGAAUGUUCUUCUGCUGCAAGGAAACUUUCUAGGUUUGAUGUAGCUAGUUUCUAUGAAGCUAUUAAGCCAUCAAAGGAGGAGCCGAUGCUUGAUGAUGACCUCCCUGAUUUGCUUCCUAAGCUUAGACCUUACCAGCGUCGUGCCGCUUAUUGGAUGGUGCAGAGGGAGAAAAGAAAUUCCGAUGGAUCUUUGCAAAGCAAAAUAAAUCACUGUAUUUCUCCUCUAUGUAUGCCACUGAGUUUAAUUGACACCACUAUAACAAUAUAUUACAAUCCAUUUUGUGGAAAUGUAUCCUUGCGUCCAGAGAGCACCCCGGCAGUUGUUCCUGGUGGUAUUUUAGCUGAUGAGAUGGGGCUGGGAAAAACUGUUGAGCUGCUUGCUUGUAUCUUUGCACAUCAGGUGGCAUCAUCUUCCAUUGGCAAUUUUACUGGUGAAUUUCUGCGUGAUGAGGGUCAGAAGAAUAGUCUGAAAAGACUGAAAAGAGAGCGUGUAGAGUGUAUAUGUGGUUCUGUGAGUGAAAGCAUCAGAUAUAAAGGAUUGUGGGUUCAGUGUGAUGUUUGUGAUGCAUGGCAACACGCAGAUUGUGUGGGCUAUUCGCCUAACAAGAAAUAUACAAAAUCUAAGGCAAUCUUAAAUGAGCAGGAGUCAACUGGGAAUAUGCACAAGCGUGCUAAACGAAAAAACGAUGUUAAAAUAGUUGAAACGGAAGGCCGCUAUAUCUGUCAGCCGUGCUCAGAACUGAUCCAAGCCUGUGUAGCGCCAGUUGCCUCAGGUGCAACUCUUAUAGUGUGUCCAGCUCCUAUAUUGCCCCAGUGGCAUGCUGAAAUUGUUCGUCAUACAAAUCCUGGUGCUGUGAAAACAUGCAUUUAUGAAGGAGUGAGGAACAACUCUUUAUCACAAACACCCUUGCCAGAUAUAAAUGAACUUCUCAGUGCCAACAUUGUUUUGACAACUUAUGAUGUACUGAAAGAGGACUUAUCACACGACUCUGACAGGCAUGAAGGUGAUCGUCGAGCUCUAAGAUUUGAGAAAAGAUAUCCUGUCGUACCUACCCUACUAACAAGAAUAUUAUGGUGGAGAAUAUGUCUGGAUGAAGCUCAAAUGGUGGAGAAUAAUGCUGCUGCUGCAACUGAAAUGGCACUAAGACUAUAUGGAGUUCAUCGAUGGUGCAUUACAGGGACUCCCAUACAAAGGAAGCUUGAUGAUUUGUUUGGUCUUUUGAGAUUCCUAAAGGCAAGUCCUUUUAAUACUUUUAGGUGGUGGACCGAUGUUAUACGUGAUCCUUAUGAGAGGGGAGAUUCCAGAGCGAUGGCUUUCACGUAUGAUUUCUUUAAGCACCUAAUGUGGAGGUCAUCAAAGGUGUAUGUUGCUGAUGAACUGCAACUUCCACCUCAAGAAGAAUGUGUCUCUUGGCUUUUUCUUUCACCAAUUGAAGAGCAUUUUUAUCAAAGGCAGCAUGAGACGUGUGUGAAUGAUGCUCGUGAGCUUAUUGGAAGUUUCAAAAAUGAUAUAUACAAGAGAAAAGCACCUGGUUCCCAAUUGGAAGAUGCUGCAUCUGAUGUUGUUAUCACCAACAUAGAGGCUGCAAAGCUCUUUCACUCACUUCUAAAACUACGCCAAGCCUGUUGCCAUCCCCAAGUUGGGAGCUCUGGGUUGCGAUCACUACAACAGUCUCCCAUGACUAUGGAGGAGAUCCUGUCGGUUCUGGUGAGUAAGACUAAGGUAGAAGGAGAGGAAGCCCUCCGGAGAUUGGUUGUUGCUUUGAAUGCACUGGCGGGUAUUGCUAUAAUUAAUCAAACUUAUUCCCAAGCCGUAUCAUUAUACCAAGAAGCACUGGAUGUAGCAGAAGACCAUUCCGAAGACUUCCGAUUGGAUCCUUUGUUAAACAUCCAUAUUACACAUAACCUUUCUGAGGUACUGCCACUCAGUUCUGACAGUUCGCAAAAGCUUGAAUGUGCACCUGGAAGCGCAAGAGAUAAAGUACCCAACAUGGAAGAUGCUGGAGAAAACGAUAAAGGUGCUGUACUCAGGGAAGACAAAGUUAAGGAAGAAAGCAUGUUAUCGUCUAACUCUGACGAUCCAUCCAACUUAAUGCCAAAAACAUUGGCAAAAGAUUUUGUUGAUGAAAAUUCUGACACUACGUUAAAAUUUUCCAAAUGUGCAAGUUAUCGAUCAUUGACAACAGCAUGUGAAAAGUUGAAGGAAAAAUUCCUGUCUGUUUUUAAUUUGAAGCUGGCAGGGGCCCAACAAGAAUUCAAAAAGUCAUAUGAUCAGGUAUGUAAUGCAUUUAGUGAUAGAAAGAACCAGUAUACUGCUUGGUGGCUGGAAGCUUUGCAUCAUAUCGAGCAAAACAAGGACUCCUCAAAUGAAUUGAUCAGGAAAAUAGGAGAAGCUGUUUCUGGGACUCUGAACACCUCUAGGGCAUCAAAGCUUGCUCCCUGUUUCCGCAGCAUAACUGCUUUGAAGAUUUAUAUUCAGAGUAGUCUAGAUUCACUGGAAAGUUCGAGGGAAUCUUUACUUGUUAAGCUUUUGGAAAUUGACCAGACAAUGGGCAACCCUAGGAAGGAGGAUAUUGCCCGUGUUAGAUACUGUCCAAAAUGCUAUGCUGAUGCUGAAGGGGUAUUAUGUGUUCACUGUGAACUAAAUGACUUGUUCCAGGUUUAUGAAGCCAGACUCUUUCGUCUUAACAAAGGGAAGAGUGGAGAGAUGAUUACAUCUGCUGAGGAGGCUGUAGAUCUGCAGAAAAAGAAGUCUGCACUGAAUCGUUUCUAUACAACUUUAGCCCGAACAGACAUGAAUUCAGGUUCAGCUACCACCGAAUAUGAAGAUUCUGGAAAGAAGAGGGACUUAGAGAACAUUAUGGUGUCCAAAGCUCCAUCUGAUUUGGAAGUAGUGUUGGGCCUUAUCAAGAGCAAUUCCAGGGGCCUGUUAGAUGCUGAAGGUGUAUUGGCAGCCAGAAAGCAGCUGCAGCUUCUUGAGGGUAUGCGAAAGGAGUAUGUGCAAGCAAGAAUCCUGGCAACAGCUCAAGCGCAUGUUUUACGUGCUCAUGAUGAGAUUAUGAUGGCAACUUCUCGACUACGCUUAAAAGAAGAUGAGAAUGACAAAUCUAUUGAUGCCUUGGAUCUGGGAGAAUUAGAUGCAGCCAGUGCUGAAUGGUCUAGCGAAAAGUUUUUCUUUUUAUCUUCUUUAUCAAGAAUAAAGGGGCAGCUUCGCUACUUGAAGGGUUUGGUACAAUCCAAACAAACUAACCAUCUUGCAAGUACUGAAAAUUCGACUAUAGCUGAAGCCAAAAUUGUCUCAGCGGCUCAUGCAGAAGAAGAAAAAGAAUACCAAGCUACUAUUGAGGAAGAUACAUGCCCUGUUUGUCAAGAGAAGCUCAAUAAUCAACAGAUGGUGUUCCAAUGUGGGCAUGUCAUCUGUUGUAAAUGUUUGUUUGCAAUGACUGAAAAGAGAUUAGCCCUUCAAGGGAAGCCUCACGUUAACUGGUUAAUGUGCCCAACUUGUAGACAGCAUACUGACUGCAGAAAUAUUGCUUAUGCUGUUGACCGACAGAAUAAGUCAUAUCCAUCUUCUUCUAUAGUCUCUGAGAAUUCUGAAGCUUCUACAAAUGUCCAAGGUUCAUAUAGUACAAAGAUUGAAGCUGUUACCAGGAGAAUUUUAUGGAUCACUUCCACAGAUCCAGCAGCUAAGGUUCUUGUCUUUAGCAGUUGGAAUGAUGUGCUUGAUGUAUUAGAGCAUGCGUUUGCAGCUAACAACAUAACUUUUGUGCGGAUGAAAGGAGGAAGGAAAUCACACGUUGCCAUUAGCCAAUUCAGAGGCCACGGCAGCAAUGUCAAAGAAACUGGCAAGAGACAUGUGGGCCAACCAGAAACUAGAUCCAUUCAAGUGUUGUUGCUCCUGAUCCAGCAUGGAGCCAAUGGUCUCAAUCUUCUGGAAGCCCAGCAUGUUAUACUUGUUGAACCGCUGCUGAAUCCUGCAGCAGAGGCACAAGCCAUUGGCAGAGUGCAUCGAAUUGGGCAAGCACAUAAGACUCUUGUUCACCGUUUUAUAGUGAAAGACACAGUUGAGGAGAGCAUAUAUAAGCUGAACAAGAGCAGGAAUACUGGUUCAUUUGUUAGUGGCAACCGAAAGAAUCAAGAUCAGCCCGUUUUGACGCUAAGAGAUGUUGAAUGCUUAUUCAGGGUGGCACCUUCCACUGAUGAAAAGGCAACUGGGAGCUUGACGCAUUUUCCACCUUCUGUUGCUGCUGCUAUAGCUGCUGAGAGGAGGCUUAGGGAACAAUCAUCUUGUCAAGAGCCACCGGAAAACUGUUGAAUAAACAAUUUUUUGCUGUUGAAGGAACAACUAGGAUCUCAUUCUAGGAUCUCAUUCCCAUGGCAUGAUCCUAUUUCAUUCUUUUUUUAUUUCACCUUUAUUUCAUGCAGAGGACCUGAAUGAAGGAUUCGUCGAUUUAUCAUGCUAUCCGCAGAAGCAGUGGAAUGUCCAUGAGAGAAGAGAUUGUUGCUGCGAGCAAAUUUCUAGUAGCAGCUUGCUUUAUUCAUAGUUAUCUUGUCAGGGUGCAUGCAGCCUUUUGUCGUGGGUUCAUCUGAAUCUAGUAUUUUCGACUUGGAGCAUAGAUAUAUGUGAAAAUUCCCUAAAAUUUCAACAAAUGCUAUAACCUGAAUCCAUAAGUUCAAAAGUACAAUGAGUUUAGUUUUAAAAUUUAAAGGUCGAACUCAUCAAGUUUAUAUUGGACCCGCCUCUAUAUGUUGUAUAUAACAGUUGCUAUAACAGUUGCUGUGA